AUGGCGCAAAGUGUAGGACGCUCCCUCGUGAUUGUCAACUCUCAAGCCAGCCCCAACAGCACUUCUCGCGGCGGCUCAACCUUCACCGGUACCGCGUGGGUUGAGGAUGUCUAUCGCAGUACUGACGGAACUAUUACCACCGUCAUGUUUGAGCCCGGUGCCCGUUCCUUUUGGCACCGCCACCAAGGUGGUCAGACCUUGCGAGUUCUCGCCGGCGCAGGAUGGGUCAUGGACCAGGGCGGCGAGGCCCAGCGGAUCAAUGUCGGCGAUACCGUCUGGUGCCAAGCCAAUACGACUCAUUGGCAUGGAGCUGACGAGGGGAGCUACCUCGUGCACCUAGCCAUCUCGCAUGGACAGACUGAAUGGCUGGGCGAGGUCACUGCGGAGGAGUACGACAAGGCACACUCCCGAGGUUGA